GGCGAUCCACACACGGGCAUAAUUAGUUAUUACAAAAUAAUAAUAAUGUAAUUAUUUUCUCCACAUAGCCUACUUUUUUAACAGAGAGCGAAAACUCGUAGACUUCAACGAAGCCAUACUUUCCAUGCCCGCGCUCUCGGGCGUAUGACAACAGGUUUGCAAUGAAUUACGAGUUUGAACGUGAGACGGGUUUCAUCAAUAGUCGGCCAUCUCUCGAGGAGUGCCUUACUGCUUUCCCUCCUGUUGACGACUCAUUUCAGAAGUCAUCAAUCAAAAGCUCAGCGCCCACGAACCCUCACCCUCUUAUCCUACCUCCUCUCGAGCCUACCAUCCCAAGCUUGAGUCUCUGGACUCAGUCACGCCUUGCAGGGCCCCGGCAUAAUUUAGAUGGGGGAAGCCCACUACACGCCAAUUCUCUGACCCCGGAUUACCCAUGGAUGCGCGAAAAGAAGACCAACAAGAGAAACUGUCCUCUUAUACCAACCGGCUCCCUGACUCCUACUGCGGGAGUCAUUUGCUUCUCUCCAAAAGGCUCACCCGAGCUUCCCGAAGGCGGUUUGUCUAGUGGAGAAGGAGGUUCACGCCGCCUGAGAACAGCAUACACAAGCACACAGCUUUUAGAGCUGGAGAAGGAGUUCCACUACAACAAAUACCUUUGCCGACCACGCCGUGUGGAAAUUGCCGCGCUUCUCGACCUUACAGAACGCCAGGUCAAAGUGUGGUUCCAGAACCGACGGAUGAAGCAUAAACGCCAAACCCAGAUUAAAGACAUCCACGGGAAGAUAAAUCUCGACGAGGAUAAUGGUGCACAGAGCGACGAGGACGCUUCGAUUUGUGGCCUGAGUCAUGGUAGAUUAAGGGUAGAUAUAGAUUCGAACUCUUUUCAGAACAACCUGUCAACAGUCUCUGGGCAGUCCUUUAAUGAUAACGACAUGCAAACGUUUGAAAUGUUUUCUAACAGCUUAAUGAAAAGUAGUCUUAAAUAUGUUUCCAGUCAGUCACCUACUGACAAGGGGACAAUAAUAUGCAAUAGUAUCCGUUGUGCCAGUCCGGACAAUUGCGACAUGAACAUGUCUGUGCAGGACUUAACCUUUUUUUCGACCGACUCAUGUGUGUCUGAUGCAGCUUCGCCAGCACUGCAUACGUCUCUGGAAAGCCCAAAUUAUGUUUCAACAGACUUUUAUUUCUUUAAGGAAUCUCUGACUGCAGCUGAUUUACAAAAUGCAAACUGCUGAUUAUCAAAGUGGAUCAGUGAACAAAUGGAAGGAUAAAUCAGGAGGUUUAAAUGUUGUUUUUUUUUAUUAGAUUUGUAUUUUUUUAUUGCAAGAUGGGUGUAAUUGACGCGACUAUAUUAACACAUCUAAGGUAAGCUAUAAGCCAUGUGCGCUGUAUUUAGUAAUACAUAAUGCAUAGGCCUAACUCAUUCAUAACAGAAGUGUCAGUUUAGAAUAGAUUACAAUUAUUUUUGUAUCGAGUAUGUUCUAUGCUGCUUAUUUUUGUAAA